UUGGCUGCCGGAGGGGAUCCCACCUCGGUGAUUGGCCGAGACAGAGCCCGCCUACUCUUGCGAUUGGCUCCGCCAGGCCUAUAUAAAGGGCCGCGCGCCGUCCCCUCGCUCAGUCGGAGGGAGGCCGAGGAUCCCGGUGGAGUUCGCAUUCUGAGACGCCCCUAGCGGCACCUUCACCUCCCCGCGUCUGAGCGCCCGUUCCGCGGCGGCUGCGACCAUGAAGGAGAGACGCACUCCCCAGCCAGUCGUGGUCAGGUGCAAGCUCGUCCUAGUGGGAGACGUGCAGUGCGGGAAGACGGCGAUGCUGCAGGUGCUGGCUAAGGACUGCUACCCGGAGACCUACGUGCCCACCGUGUUUGAGAAUUACACAGCCUGUUUGGAGACAGAGGAGCAGAGAGUAGAGCUCAGCCUCUGGGACACUUCGGGCUCUCCCUACUAUGACAACGUCCGUCCACUCUGCUACAGCGACUCAGACGCCGUAUUGCUGUGCUUUGAUAUCAGCCGUCCGGAGACGGCGGACAGUGCGCUUAAGAAGUGGAGGGCAGAAAUCCUAGAUUAUUGUCCCAGCACACGUGUUUUGCUUAUCGGCUGCAAGACAGACCUGCGAACAGACCUGAGCACUCUGAUGGAGCUGUCCCACCAGAAGCAGGCCCCCAUCUCCUAUGAGCAGGGCUGUGCAAUAGCCAAGCAGCUGGGUGCAGAAAUCUACCUGGAAGGGUCAGCUUUCACCUCCGAGAAGAGCAUCCACAGCAUCUUCCGGAUGGCCUCUAUGGUGUGCCUGAACAAGCCCAGCCCAGCGCCCCCACGGAGCCCCGUCCGGAGCCUCUCCAAACGGCUGCUGCACCUCCCCAGUCGCUCUGAACUCAUCUCCUCCACCUUCAAGAAGGAAAAGGCCAAAAGCUGUUCGAUCAUGUGAAGUGGGAGCCACGGGGGAGGGGAGACAACCCCCCACUUCCUCCCUUGGGGUGCAGAGGCACAGGGCGAGGGAGGACGAGACGACUUGAGGACACUGGACAUGAGAUUUUCAGGUGGCCAUGGUGAGGGCUUGGAAGGAGACAGGACUGGGACAAGGACCUGACGCUGAGAAGGAACCAUCACAUCCACGCCAGGUACUAGAUUGCAGGGGGCAUCUGCCCCAGUGCCCUUGGCUCCAGAACAAGGGAAGAUGCGGGGGUGCGGGGAGGCAUGCCGGGGCUCAGGGGCCCACGGGGGGCCUCCAUGCCUCUUCCACACAGCUCUUCCAUGCAGGCCAGGGGACGAGAGGGGUCCUCGACCCUUUUCCUCCCCAUCUAAGGAGGUGGCGAGUGAAGAAGCCAGCAGGCAGCUCCCUUGGGAGCAUGGCCCAGGUGCUUCAUAACUGAAACCGGACAGGCAGGAGCUGGUCAGAGCUGAUGAGAAGCGAGUCUCAUCUUUGCAUAGCUCAUGUCUCAUGGGGAGGUGACAUCACACAUCCACACACGCUUCUCACCCAAGUCCCCAGAUCCUUGCGGAGUGUGGGGGUGGUGGUGCUGCAGAGGCAGGGCUGGGUGGGGGGGUCACCAGACUUCUUCUGCCCUUGGGGCAGUAUAGCUGGUGUCUGUUUUAUAGACUCGUCUUUGGAAUUGGGGGGAGGGGGGGAGUGUUUUCAUCUGUUCUAUGUUCUGUGUUUAAAGAAGAAAACCUAUUUAUUAAUGAAAAAUAUAAUACAUAGAAAGAGUGGGCGCCUUUGGUUGUUUUUGUUUUUCUGUUUUCUUGGGUCAUGAAAAAGAAGGAAAAAGCUGGAGCUCUUUCACCUUCCUCCAACAAGGCAUCCCUUCCCUCACCAUCCUCAGCCCCAGCCCCAAGCCCACCCAAGUCCUACUAAGCCAGAGUAGAGCUCUGAGCCCUAGAGCAGGGUCUCCCAACCUUGGAAUGGUUGUAGUGGUAAGUUUCACAGCCUCUGUCCACCAAUGGCUUCAGAUACUGGUAAGGGUCCCUGAGGGCCAAACUACUCCCCAGAAACCCUGGCCCUGGAAAAUCUAGAAGAGACAGGUGUCUGUCUCUGCCAACGCUGCAACCCAUACCCCGCCCAGCAGAAGGGGCACAGAUUUAAAAAGCUGGAGGGUAGAGGAGAGGUUCCUGGGGUUCUCGUCUCUGAGUUCAAGGAGAGGUGGCAUCUUCUGCCUUCAAAACCUGCCGAUCUCAGUGCAACAGCUGGGGCUGGGCCAGGCUGAAACCAGGAGCCUGGAACUGCAUUACAGUCUCCCACAUGGGUGACAGGAACCCAAGUUCUUGGCCAUCAGCCAUUACCUUCUCAGGUGCAUUAGCGGGAAGCUGCAGUGGCAACUGAGCCUGAUGCAGCACAAUGCCAGCUACCAAGCAAAAUGUUAUUAUGUAUUGAGUAC